AGCCGCCGCCAGAGCCAGGAGAGGCGGAAUCUCGCCGGCGCCGCUCCCUGCGCGGGACUCGCGGAGGGCCACUGGGCAUGCUCAGUCGCCGGAGCCCGUGCUGGUCUAAGUAGGAAGCUCGCGCGCUGUUCCUGCAGCUGAUCCGGGCGCGCCGGGGAGGGGAGGACCAGAGCCGAACGAGGCGAUUGCCGCGCGCACCGCCGGUUGGAGCUGCCCUGGGUGAGCUGCUGCAGUCUCUAGCCAAGCAUGCUGUGGUUGGAUCUGCCUAGCCGUGGAACAGAAACAUUUGCUGGGUGGAAAAUCCAUAAAAGAAAGCUCCUGUGAAACACUGAGACAGACGACAACUUCAGCAAAAAGCUAACCAUCUCACUAUUUCCUGAGUACUUGGGAGCUGCUGAGGCCCCUGCUAAUGUGCUGACUGUCACUAUGGGCAGAUGGUACCUGGAGGCUCCCUGUCAUCUAGGCAGCUCAUAUUGCAAACUAUAACGUAUUUCCUGCACCAUUGGCUGACGCCCAGUGAUCCAUGUCAGAAGUACUUCCAGGUGACUCGAGUGUCGACACCUUGGCAGUGUUUAUGGCCAGCAGCGGAACCACAGACAUCGCAAAUUGCAACAGCCCAGCCACACCACCGAACACCCUUAAUCUCCGUUCCUCUCAUAAUGAACUGUUGAAUGCUGAAAUAAAACACUCGGACACCAAGAACAGCACACCUCCCAAAUGCAGGAAAAAAUAUGCACUAACUAACAUCCAGGCGGCAAUGGGCCUCUCCGAUCCCGCAGCACAGCCCCUGCUGGGAAAUGGCUCUGCCAACAUCAAGCUGGUGAAAAAUGGGGAGAACCAGCUCCGGAAGGCUGCAGAGCAAGGGCAGCAAGACCCCAACAAAAACAUCAGCCCUGCGGCAGUAAUCAACAUAACUUCUGAGAAGUUAGAGGGUAAAGAGCCCUGUGCCCAGGAGCCCUUGGGCUGUGAGAUUGUACCCUCCCAGCCCAGAAGAACUAAGAGCUUCCUCAAUUACUAUGCAGACCUGGAAACCUCAACCCGAGAGCAGGAGCAGGACCUGGGUAACCACCAAGGGCCUGGGGAAGAGAAGGUCCAGCCAGGCCAGGGCCAGGCUCCUGCCAUCAUUGGGAAUGGAGACUUGCUACUGCAGAAACCAAACAAACCCCAGUCCAGUCCAGAAGAUGGCCAGGUGGCCACCGUGUCAUCCAGCCCAGAGACCAAGAAGGAUCACCCAAAAACGGGGGCCAAAACCGACUGUGCGCUCCACCGGAUCCAGAACCUGGCCCCAAGUGAUGAGGAGUCAAGCUGGACAACACUGUCCCAUGACAGUGCCUCCCCCAGCUCCCCAGAUGAAGCAGAUAUCUGGAGUGAUCACUCAUUUCACACAGAUCCGGAUCUUCCGCCUGGCUGGAAAAGAAUCAGUGACAUCGCUGGUACCUAUUACUGGCACAUCCCAACAGGAACAACUCAGUGGGAACGGCCUGUCUCCAUCCCAGCGGAUCUUCAGGGUUCUAGGAAAGGGUCUCUUAGUUCUGUAACGCCAUCUCCCACCCCAGAGAAUGAGAAACAGCCAUGGAGUGAUUUUGCUGUUCUGAAUGGGGGAAAGAUUAAUAGUGACAUUUGGAAGGAUUUGCAUGCAGCCACAGUUAACCCAGAUCCUAGUUUAAAAGAAUUUGAAGGAGCAACACUACGCUAUGCAUCUUUGAAACUCAGAAAUGCCCCUCAUGCUGACGAUGAUGAUUCUUGUAGUAUCAACAGUGACCCAGAAGCCAAGUGUUUUGCUGUGCGCUCUCUGGGAUGGGUAGAGAUGGCAGAGGAGGACCUCGCCCCUGGUAAAAGCAGCGUGGCUGUCAACAAUUGCAUCAGGCAGCUUUCGUACUGCAAAAACGACAUCCGAGACACAGUUGGCAUCUGGGGAGAGGGCAAAGACAUGUACCUGAUACUGGAGAACGACAUGCUCAGCCUGGUGGACCCCAUGGACCGCACCGUGCUGCACUCCCAGCCCAUCGUGAGCAUUCGCGUGUGGGGCGUGGGCCGCGACAACGGCCGUGAACAGGAUUUUGCUUAUGUAGCAAGAGACAAAGACACAAGAAUUUUGAAAUGUCAUGUAUUUCGAUGUGACACACCAGCAAAAGCCAUCGCCACAAGUCUCCACGAAAUCUGUUCCAAGAUCAUGGCUGAACGUAAGAAUGCCAAAGCCCUGGCCUGCAGCUCCCUACAGGAGAGGACAAACGUGAAUCUCGAUGUUCCCUUGCAAGUAGAUUUUCCAACACCAAAGACUGAGCUGGUCCAGAAGUUCCACGUACAGUAUCUGGGCAUGUUACCUGUAGACAGGCCAGUUGGCAUGGAGACCCUGAACAGUGCCAUAGAAAGUCUGACGACCGUAUCCAAUAAGGAGGAUUGGCCGUCAGUGAACAUGAAUGUGGCCGAUGCCACGGUGACUGUCAUCAGUGAGAAGAAUGAAGAGGAGGUUUUGGUGGAGUGCCGAGUGCGAUUCCUGUCCUUCAUGGGUGUCGGGAAGGACAUCCACACAUUUGCCUUCAUCAUGGACACAGGGAGCCAGCGCUUUGAGUGCCAUGUGUUCUGGUGCGAACCCAAUGCCGCCAACGUGUCCGAGGCAGUCCAGGCCGCCUGCAUGUUACGCUAUCAGAAGUGCUUGGUAGCCAGGCCACCUUCACAGAAAGUCCGACCACCUCCUCCGCCAGCGGACUCGGUGACUAGAAGAGUCACAACCAAUGUAAAGCGAGGGGUCUUAUCCCUCAUUGACACUUUGAAACAGAAACGCCCUGUCUCGGAGACGCCAUAGCUGCACACGUUUGAGGACUCUGGCGUCCCCGUGAGGAUUGAAGAGCUACACUAAAGAAAAGGACCUGCGCCCAGCCUUCCAUUCAGUUGCUGAUGCUUUGUCUCCAGAGAGUUUAUCUGUACCCAAACAGUGUUAGACAAGCAUGUUCUCUGUCUUGCCACCACCAUGUGAUAUGAAAAGAAGCAUGAAUCCUUUUUUUUUGCUGUAAGUUACAUCAUGAGCAGUGGAAGGUCCCUUUCUUAUUGUACAUAUCGUGGACUUGGCUUCACACACGGAAAAAGACGCCCGCCUGGCAAAUGAACACUGCGUCCUUGGAGAAGACGCUGCUAGAGUCAUUUCCCAGCUUCUCGGCUGAUCUGUCGGGAGCAGCCUCAGGCCUGCAGCGCCUUGCCCGUUUUCAGCCUUGGAAACGCGGAGGUCGCUGCAGAGCGGAUGCCACUGAAUUGCUGUAAAGAUAGGAUGGGUUUUAGUUUUCCAUAAAAUCAAACGUGUUGGUUGACGGAAAUGGCUGUUGGCGUCAGUGCAGAAACCAGCGGGCAGCUUUCCUUGGCGAGCUUUGACACGCGGACACCAUUUCAUGUCUACCACUGUCAGUGGGAGGUUGGGGGGAAAAGUGAAUCUUUAAUGAUAAACUAAAUUUGAGAAAUUAAAAUCAAAAAAUAGCCUUUUCAGGUGGUUUCCAAACUGAUUAUUUUAAAAAGAUGAACAAGAUCCUAAUGCAUUUUGGGUGGGACAUAUUUCAAACUUCUGCCUUACAUUGUACGAUGCAGCUAGAGAAUUAUAGUUAGUUCACUAUGGUCAUUCUCUGCACAAACAUUAGAUGAAAUACUCCUCAUAACCUCUCAUCCUUAGUUUGAUAAUUAGCCAAUAUACAAUUUGGAGUCGAGGAAAUGUCGUUUAUAUCUCUGUCACACACUAUUAUUUUAGAUUUCUACCACCACAUUAUUUUUGUUAGUCCACAUCCUAGAGGUAAAUGUUCUGCUAGAAUUUCCCAUCUGGCUCAUUUUUAUUCUAAUGCUUUUUGUCCAGAAAGUUGUCUGUCCAUUACAUAUUGUCCAUGGCAACAAAUUACAUUUAGUUGAAACUUUCUUUGAAUUUAUGUAUUUAAUAUUAGAAUUUGUUGGAUCCAACAGGAUGUAUUUUUAAAUUUAUAUUUUUUCCAUUUUAUUCUCAAGACUUAAAAAUUUCAUAUCAGACUGAAGUAUACGUAGGAAUGAUGGACUAUUUAACGGUUUCCCAAAAAAUAGCAUUUUCCUGCUUUUUAUGUGGAUAAAAAACAGCUAUAAAGAUAUUCAAAUUUAGACUCUUGUUGACAGUGUUUUAAAAGGAAGUUGCUAAGGAGAUCAAUCUCAAUAUUAGACUUGUUUACUUUGUAAUGUCAAAAUUAAAGUUUACGACAUCCACUUAUAAAAAUAACAGUUUAUGUUCAUACACAGUUUUGUACUUGUCAAGAUGGUUUCCACAUCCUUAUCACAUUUGAGCCUUAUAUGGUAGAAAAGGUACUAAACACACUAGAGAAAUAAAAUACAAAGUACCAAGAGGCUAAACCCAUUGGCCUAAGAUCUCACCAAAGCUCGUGAGGGCCAGAAACAGGACCACACCUCCACCCCCUAGCUCUUGCUGUCUUAUUCCCCCUCCACCCAAUCAGGAAGACCUUUCCCAGUGACUCUGGGCAUCUACAACAAGCAGACAUGGAAGCACACACUGUCAGGCAGUCCCAGAAUCCCCUGCAGAAGCAGAGAAGCCUGUCCGUGUUCCUCGGGCAGGGGUAUCAAAUCCCUCACAAACCACCGUCUUCUCACAGUCCAGGGCUGGUUGCUGUGGCGCACCUCAAAUGUGCUGUAGAGGACAGGCAUCCACAUUGGGUGCAGCCUGUUCCAACCUAAGCUUUUCCAGAGGUGAGGUCCUUGUAGAGGCAUUCCUCACCGAUGGCCCUUGCCCACCAGAGAACACGAGUGGGAGGCCUUUGCCUGCCAUGGAGGGGGCACAGCAGGGCUGGAGGUGUUUCCUGGCACCCUGAUGCCAUAACUGAAAUGAUGCUACUUUAGAAAUGCAUUGUGCUUCUCGCCAACUUGCAUACUGUUCUCUCUGAACUAACCAGUGCCAUUGUGGGAAAUUGCUGCAAUAUGAAAAUCUUACUGUGCCCUGUGAAUUGCUGUUCAAAAUUCAGUUGCAGUGAUCUUUCAUCUUGAUCUCCACCAUGAAAUGUUUUAGUGUGAUACCCUUCAAUAUUCUAAACAACCCAUUUUUCUACAGGAAAUCUCUACCAGAACCCUCUUGUUCUUUUUUUUUUUUUCUUUUGGUACUGGGAAUUGAACUCGGGACCUUGCACUUGCAAGGCAGGUCCUGGAACCACUGAGCUAAAUUCCCGGCCCCUCUUGUUCAUGUUUUAAGGGAUACAUUUGUUUGUUUUCAGGAUCAAGAAUACUGAGCUAGCUUUAAGUAGCAAACUGAUUUAUAUAUGCAAUUAUAGGAUGCAGUAAGAUGAAUGAUAGCCUUUACAUAUUGAAAACUGUACUGCAGAUAUUUUGUUUUGAAAAUAGCUUUGCAUACUAAAUGCAGAUUAAUUUUGUAAAAUUUAUUAUGUUAAACAGUAUGUUCAGACACUUUCUGCCAUGGCCAAAAAGUAUGUAUGAAAGUAUGUGUGUGUUUGUGAAAGGAUGCCAGUGUUUUACCUGAGAACUUAGUGAUACUUCAGUUACCUAUGCAUUCUUUAUAUCUGUGAUUUGGUAAACAGGCAGCCAUGUUCACUAUGCCUUGUAUGUCUUAUCAUUUUUUGUAAUUAACCUGUUAAAUACAGCUUAAAAUAUUUUUAUUUUAUUUAUUCUAUUUUUACUGAAAUAUACUGCAUUAUUGUGUUAAUGUAUUAUCUUUACUGGGUAUUAUGUCUCAGUGUAUCCAGGCCUAAGUAAUCUCAGUGAACUAUACGUUGCCUAAUGGUGGUUUUGUAAUGAUUUGUAGUCACAUUUCUAUUGGAAUAUGUAGAAGAAAAGGCAAAAUGCUUAAAGUUCCUUUUAUUUUUUAAGAGCAGCUAGCUAGACGCAGUCUUGCCACCUGAUCUGCGUGCCCCUUGGCCGAGUCAAGGGAAAUAGCCGACAUGCCUAUGGCUAAGGACUUUACUUUGUAGACUAAAGCACUGUGCCGUGCUUCCUUUUUAUAUCCUUCACAACGCGUGUGAUGUCAUCUAGAGAUAUAUACAUAUAUCCACAUUCCCUGUUUUCCCCUGGGUAUGAGAUCACCCAUAAGUACUUAGGGCCAUCGUUUUUUGUCUGUCUUACUGCAUGAAGGGACAUUAAACUCAUUUCCAUUAAAACAAGUUCUUGAUGAUAAACUGUUGACGCUGCUACUUUUUUUUAAAAUCCAUAUUAUGAGUUUAA